UAAAAGGACAUGCAAUUAUUUCUCUCUCACAUACCCACACACACAUACACACGCUCAGUUCGUGGCCGCCUCUGUCAUUAGGCUCUCGAGGUUACAGUCUUAAAAAUUUCGAACUCUCGUCAGAAACAACUCAAGAAGAGAGAGACAAUCAAUUCCGUACUCUCUUCAUUGAUUCCUCUCACACAGAUACGGCUAUUCGGGAUAUUUUCUUCCCUUGAUUUCUUUCUGUAUCCCAUAAGUUAAGAAGAAGAAAUAAAUCUCAAGAGGCAGAACAUCGAGAGAGAGUUGAGGGGAAUUUUUACCGCUUACGUGUUUCGAUUUUGUCUUCAAUAACUUGGGAAUUUUGACACAAGAUCUGAGGGAUUCAGUCUGAUUUUCACAGUUAUAUUACAAUGGCAAGGAAGAUGCUUAUUGACGGGGAGUUGGACAAAACCAGUGAGGUGGAGAGUCACUAUGACUUCGAUUUGUUCGUCAUCGGGGCAGGCAGUGGUGGGGUCCGUGCAUCCAGGUUUUCAGCCCAGAAUGGAGCUAAGGUAGGUAUCUGUGAGCUUCCAUUUCAUCCUAUCAGCUCUGAAGUUAUUGGAGGAGUUGGCGGAACGUGUGUGAUUCGUGGCUGUGUUCCUAAAAAGAUUUUGGUAUAUGGUGCUUCUUUUGGGCCUGAACUGGAGGACGCGAGGAAUUAUGGGUGGGAUGUAAAUGAGAGAGUUGAUUUCAAUUGGAAGAAACUUUUACAGAAGAAGACUGAAGAAAUAAAUAGACUAAAUGGGAUCUACAAGCGGUUACUUUCCGGUGCUGGAGUUAAGCUAUUUGAAGGAGAGGGAAGAGUUAUUGGCCCUAAUGAGGUGGAGGUUAUUCAAUUGGACGGAACAAAAAUUAGUUAUUCAGCAAAACAUAUUCUGAUUGCAACUGGAAGCCGGGCUCAGCGUCCACCUAUUCCAGGCCAGGAAUUAGGCAUCACAUCAGAUGAGGCAUUGAGCUUGGAAGAGCUACCUAAGCAUGCUAUCAUACUUGGUGGAGGGUAUAUUGCUGUUGAGUUUGCCUCAAUAUGGCGAGGAAUGGGUGCAAAAGUGGAUUUGUUCUACAGAAAAGAACUUCCUUUAAGAGGAUUUGAUGAUGAGAUGAGAGAAGUAGUUGCAAGAAAUCUGGAAGGCAGGGGUAUUAACCUUCAUCCUGGGACAAGUUUAUCAGAGCUAGCUAAAACAGAAGACGGUAUAAAAGUUCGUACUGACCAUGGUGAAGAAAUUGUGGCUGAUGUUGUGCUCUUUGCCACUGGUAGGGCUCCUAACACAAAACGGUUAAAUCUGGAAGCGGUAGGUGUUGAGCUUGACAGGGCUGGAGCUAUUAAGGUUGAUCAAUACUCUCAAACCAACGUACCUAGCAUAUGGGCCAUAGGUGAUGUUACAAACCGAAUGAAUCUUACUCCUGUAGCUUUAAUGGAAGGCACCUACUUUGCAAAUACUGUAUUUGCUGGAAAGCCUAUGGCACCUGAUUACAGUAAUAUUGCUUGUGCCGUGUUCUGCAUCCCACCACUCUCUGUAGUUGGUCUCAGUGAGCAAGAGGCUGUAGAGAAAGCUAAUGGUGACAUUUUGAUUUUCACAUCUACAUUUAAUCCCAUGAAGAACACCAUUUCUGGACGUCAAGAGAAGACUAUGAUGAAGCUGAUUGUUGAUGCUGAGACCGAUAAAGUCCUUGGAGCAUCUAUGUGCGGGCCAGACGCGGCUGAGAUCAUGCAGGGCAUUGCCAUUGCUCUCAAAUGUGGAGCUACCAAAGCACAAUUUGAUAGUACUGUGAGUUUCAUAAACUCUCUCUCUCUCUCUCUCUCUCUCUCUCAUCGUUUACUUGAUAUUUGUCAGGUUGGCAUUCACCCUUCUGCUGCCGAGGAAUUUGUGACUAUGCGGUCGGUGACGAGGCGAGUCUCGGCUGGCAAGCCUAGGACCAACCUGUGAGAUGUACUUGAUCAUACAAUUGAUUAUUUCGUAUUUGGACAGAAUAUUAUAACGAUGAAUCAUGUUUCCUCAUAUUCAUACAGCUUAUAGAAGUGGGACAAGUUUUAUACACAAUAGAUUUGGUUCUUUGACUUGAGAUUUUGGUGCCAAAAACGAUAGAACUUCAAAGGUUGAAUAAAGCUCUCGUCAUGUGAGCUGCGUUUUAUUGGUGCA